AUUCGUUGGUGUAUAAAUAAAAUUUUCAGUGAAAACAACCUGCACAAACGUUCUAUUCGUGAUUUUUUUGGCGCGCGUCACAGAGCAACAAUAUUUAAAUUUCAAUACGAAUUUAACGUACAAAAUAUAACAAUAUCGAAACCGAAAAGCAUUUAAGACACAGUUUUGCGUAUUUGUGUGGGCGUCGUGUGUUGUGUUGAAAAAUUGUGCGGGUGUGUAUGUAUCCUGACAUCCGUGUCCUGUCUGCUGCAAUUCUAGGGUGUGUACCGCAUUCGCAACUACAGAAGUUUGUGGAAAUUCCAGCACAGGCAAACAAACAUUUGCAUACUAAAGUGAAAAUGUCGGUAUCUUCGAACGCCUCCUCCGCAUCGUCCUCGGUUACGGGCGUGCCCAUAACAAGCAAUGGACGUCGACCCUCUUUCGGCCGCAACGGCAGCAUCGAUUCGUCCUGCACUACGGACAGUUCGGAGCUGACGCACAUACUGAACCGUCGGCAGGAGAUCAUGGAUUCGCAGGAAGCGGGCAUUGAGGUGCCGCGCACAUUUAAGGUGGUAAACGUCUACACCGAAUUCCAUGAGUUUUCGCGCAAGCAGAUCAAGGAUUAUCAAAAAACCUUUAAUACCUAUGACACUGCCCGCGAUGGCUUUUUGGAUCUGAGCGAACUUAAGUUCAUGAUGGAGAAGCUGGGCGCCCCGCAGACCCAUCUGGGUCUGAAGAAAAUGAUUGCCGACGUCGACGAGGAUCAGGAUGGCAAGAUCUCGUUCCGCGAGUUCUUACUCAUCUAUCGCAAGGCGCAGGCCGGCGAGCUGGACAGCGAUUCUGGCCUCAAUCAGUUGGCCCGUCUGACCGAAAUCAACGUGGAGGAGGUCGGCGUUAGCGGCGCCAAGAACUUCUUCGAGGCAAAGAUCGAGCAGCAGCUGCGCACGAAUAAAUUCCACGACGAGAUCAGGCAGGAGCAGGAGGAGCGUCGUCGCGAGGAGGAGGAGCGCGCCCAACGACGCCAGCAGUUCCAGCAGCGUGCCGCCAUCUUCCAGUAAGAGGCGCUCCACACACCCCGUCGGUGAAUGCACUGGGCAAGGGAUUAUUGUAGUUUAGCGCGUAAUUCAUUGUCGUAGGUUAAACAAAAGAAUAACAUUUCUAUCAUGCUGGAGCUUGAUACGAAAGCAUUAUCGAUCAUCACAUAGCUACACCGAUAUUAUCGCUCAUAUUAUAAUAAAUACAUACAUACAUACAUACAUAAAUACUUACAUACAUACAUAUAUUACUUAUACAUACAUAAAUGCAAGCAUACCAAAAGCAUUAAUUCAAUUAAAUAAGUAUUAAGUGAAGCAUGUUAUGUAGACUAAGGACGAGCAAUUUUGUUUAUAUUUUUUGUGUUAAUUUUUUGUUCAGUCGAAACACUUGGUUGUUCAGCCGCAAUUAUGUAUGUUUAGUGCCAUGUCUAUCAGUUUCAUGUUACAUUGCAAUUAAUCAAUAACUAAUAAAAAGUUAUAAGUUUGUAAACAAAUCUAAAAAGAA